AUGGAUGAAAAGGAUGAUAAGAGCAAUGUCGAGUUUGAGAAGAUUACCCCGUCCAUGGAGAAGUCAUGGCAUACUUCGCUAUACAAGGACCGUAACAUUGUGCCUGAAGCUGUGGACCAAGGCCUGGAUCCAACCUGCGUAUUCUGCAGUUUUACAAAAGGGGGUCAAAUGGAGAUCCAUCGCAUAUUCGCGGACAAGGGCAUUCCAUGCGACAUCUGUUUAUUCCCCAAGUCGAUGGUGGAAGACUAUCUUGCUAUGAAUGGAAUUAGUAUGACGUUGUUCUGUCAGAACAAGGACUCUCUGCACAGGUCCUUGACAGCUAGCUAUAUCUUUCGAGAGUAUGGUGUCGAAGCCACAAGCUCUGACUGGAAAGGCACUACUCGCCUUGCAAUGAAAAGCUGCACCUAUCUAGGCGACACGAUUGCAUUUGAUCAGGUCGUGGAAUUGCUUGAUAAGGGCAAGCCGGUGCUUGCUAUGAUGAUCAUGGGUCCUGAUUUUUGGAUGCUUGGCGAUGACGAAAUUUACAAAUGCAAACCUGUCUUCUUGUCAGGAGAGCUCCAAAGGCCAUUUGAGUACCACAGGGUACUCCUGACUGGGCAUGGAGAGACGGAAGUAACAAAGCGAAAGUUUGUUCCAUUCCUCAACUCCCACAGCAACAAGUUUGGGCAGAACGGUGUUGGGCGUGCUUACUUCAAGGACCUGCGCUGGUUUUUCACUUUGGAGGGCACCUACCCACCGCUUCUUCGACAUCAGCCACCUAAAGUUAAUGCACUCAACCGACCAAACCUCGACAAACUAAGGCGGCGGCCUGAGUGUGAUAAUCAGCCAAACCUUGACAUACGAAGGUGGCGGCCUGAAUGUGAUAACCGACGAAACCUUGAUAAACCAUGGAGGCGGCCUGAGUGUGAUAAUGGAGCAGUGAAACAAACGCAGGCACCUGGAAAAGCUGACGCUUCCUCUUGGUGGCGUGUUGACAUGCCCCAGCCGAUUGCUAAGGUGACCAAUGGUACUGCUUGGAAUGGUACAACCUGUCUCCGUGUUUUAACGAAGGAAAUAUUUGAUCAAGGUUGCAAGCUUAUGGCAUCUGGAGUGAAUGGAAUUGAUUUGAGAGAUGGUAUCUGCAUGGCAGUUGAUGAUGUCAUGAGAAACCUGAAGAACAUGGCCCGAAUGAUAAACACUUUCCAGGAAAUAGCACAGGUGGGUACUAUAUCAGCUGAUGGGGAGAAAGAACUUGGCGAGCUCAUUGCAAAUGCUAUUGUGAUGGUUGAUAAGGAGGAAAUUAUCACCAUUGUGGAUGGUAGCACUCGAUGCAGCGAGCUUCAAGUUGUGAAAUGCAUAAAGCUUGAGAGAGGCUACUUCACUCAACACUUUAUUACCAACCAAAAGUACAAAACAUGUGAACUAGAUGAUCCCUUAAUCUUCAUACAUGAUAAGAUGGUAUCCAAUGUUCAAGCCAUCAAAGUGUUGGAAUUUGCUAUCACGGAAGGAAGGCCUCUGCUUAUUCUUGCAGAAGAUGUAGAUGCUGAAGCAAUAAAAACUAUGGUCGCUGAAAAAUAUAUUAAAGGCAUGAAGGUCUGCGCGGUCAAAGUUCCUGGUCAUGGAGAGAACAUGGAACUCAAUUUACUUGCUAUCGUUACAGGCGGGCAAGUCUUUACUGAAGAAAAUGGAAUGAACCUUUUGCCUCACACACUUGGCACUUGUAAGAAGGUCAUAGUAUCUGAGGAUGACUGCACAAUCUUUGGUGGAGCCGCCGAUGAUAAUACCAUCGAGAACAGAACUAAGCAGCUGGGAUCUGCAACUGAGAAAAGCACGGGAUUGGCAGAAAUGUAUUGUCGUGCUGCUAUUAUGAAGAUUGGUGGAAUGGAUAAGCUGGAGAUUGGUGAGAAGAAAGACAGAGCGAUACAUGCACUAAAUGCAACGAAAGCUGCAGUUGAGGAGGGCAUUGUACCAGGUGAUGGUGUUGCCCUGGUUUAUGCGGCAAAAGACCUGGAUAAGCUGGACACUGCAAAUGUUGGCCAAAAGAGCGGUGUUCAGAUUAUUCAAAAUGUCUUGAAGAUACCAUUUCACACCAAUGCUUCAAGUGCUGGUCAUGAUGGUGAUGACAUUCUUAGCAAGAUCUUAGAGCAGAACAAUACUGGCCUGGCAUAUGAUGCUGCCAAAGGUGAAUAUGCCGAUAUGCUGGAGGCCGGUUCCAUUGAGCCACUUAAAGUGAUCAGAACAGCCCUGAUGGAUGUCCAACGAGAGUCAUGUCAAAUGUUAACUGACACAGAUGGCCACUUGAGCCCGAAGGAAAGAACGCAGAACAAGCAAUUUGCGGUGCCAUGAGCAGGACGUUUUUAACCUGCUUUAACUCUGAUUACUAAGUUUACAUUUAGGUUUGAACAUCUUAUAAUUUGGAACGGAGGGGGUACUU